CAGCGCGUCUCUCACCGCGCCUUGGAUGCCGUGUGACCAGCAGCUCCGAGCGGAGACGCCGUCCAGCAAAUCGCCGACUGCACACCAGCACAGCACAGCAAAAAAAAAAAAAAAAAAAGAAUUAUAUGUAUACAUAUAUAUGACCUAACGAUGACAUUCUUACAGAUACGACAGAAACAAACAAUUAUUUGACAACUUCCGAGCCCGCACCUUGCCUUCGUCGCUCCUUGCUGUAAGUGCCCUGCUCCAACUUUCUGGCCCUCCAGUCCAGCAGGACCAUGAUGCUCAGCAGCUCCGUGGAGGUGCCCAGCCCUGGCGGCAUGAGCGGCCUCAGCAGUCUGAGCGUGGCGGCCCGGAACGUGGUGCGCUCGUCCAGCAUCUCAGGGGCCAUGUACAACCUGGAGAAGAGUCCCAGCAGCAGUGGCCCGGACUCCACAUCACUGGCAGGCAACAAGAAGCGGCGCUCCAGUCUGGGUGCCAAAAUGGUGGCCAUUGUGGGGUUGUCUCAGUGGAGCAAGAGCACACAGCAGCUCAACCAACAAGACGGUGGAACUAAGAAACUUCGCAGCACCAUCCGACGGAGCACGGAGACCGGCAUCGCUGUGGAGAUGAGGAACCGAGUGACACGGCAGGGCAGUAAGGACUCAACUGACGGCAGCACCAACUCUAACAGCUCUGAUGGAACGUUUGUCUUCCCUACCACACGCCUGGGGCCUGAGAGCCAGUUCAGUGACUUUCUGGAUGGACUAGGCCCUGCUCAAAUCGUAGGCCGGCAAACCCUGGCUACACCCCCCAUGGGGGAUGUGCAUAUAGGCAUGGUAGACAGAGGAGGGCAACUGGAGGUGGAGGUCAACCAGGCCAGAGGGUUGACCCCCAAACCGGGCUCCAAGAACAUACCAGCAACAUAUGUGAAGGUGUAUGUGCUGGAAAAUGGAGUGUGUUUGGCCAAGAAAAAAACCAAAGUAGUGAAGAAGAAUCUGGACCCCACAUACCAGCAGGCUCUGUUGUUUGAUGAGAGUCCUCAGGGCAAAGUCCUCCAGGUAAUAGUAUGGGGGGAUUAUGGGCGUAUGGACCACAAGUGCUUCAUGGGAAUGGCCCAGAUCCUCCUGGAGGACUUGGACCUGUCUGCCACAGUAAGCGGCUGGUACAAGCUGUUCCCUACCUCCUCUCUGGCAGACCCCAGCAUCGGACCCCUCACCAGACGCCUCUCCCAGUCCUCCCUGGAGAGCGCCACCAGUCCCUCGUGCACCUAGACACCCAGUAGACACCCACAUGCACCGGCACAGACAAAGUCAUGCAGACAAGGACACACGUACUGUAUAUACACAACGACUGUAUUUAAAGUCAAAGACAGGUAAAACAUACACAUACACCUACACACAUAUAUCCAUGUGCAUGUGUACAGGAAGACACAUUCGACAUAUAGGUGCAAAUACCUGAUCUCAUCCACAUGAACACACACACUGACAUGCUGCCAUAUCCUGUUACACCAUACUUUCUUCCCAUAUUCUCUACCCACUGAUCAGUGUUUUUAUCUGAGAAAACGUUCAGCAAAUUCAACUUGAAGUGGAUCUAAUUUAUUAGAGCAUGUAGCAUUUUUCACCUUCCCAUUUCAACAUUUCCUACCCUGACACACCGGGUGCCAUAUUCUGCAUUCCAAGGUAUCAGAUUUACAUGGCACGACUCAUCCAUCCACGGCCAUCCCUUUGCCAGUUUCUAAACUCUCUAUGCCAAACUAAGAAAAAAAAACUUUAUUUUUUAAAACCAAAGCAAUUGUUAUUGUUGUUAUUAUUAUUAUAAGUAGUAGGUGAACUAGUAUACAAUAUAAAGUAUGGAUAUGUAGCAGAGUCAAUGACUUAGAUGUAAUGCAAAAAAAUAAGAUACAUUCUACACACAUGAGCUGAGAACAGUAAGCCAAUCACAUAAACAUACCCGGGCAACAGGCUUGGAUAUUUACAUAAUGGCUAUUAUGUGAGGUAGCAACACUGCUAUUCUAUAAUUUUCACAGGGCAGAGUUUAUAUAUAGAUAUACAUAUAUAUAUAAAUAGAUAGAUAAAUAUUUAUUUGUGUUGUAUGUACUGGCUGAAUUCUGCAUGUUUGCUAACAACCCCUGUAGAGGCAUUUUAAAGUGCUUAAAUCUUUUUAUUUAGCUCAACCAAUGUAAUGGCAGUGUAGUGCCACUUUGUUUUGCAAUCUGUCCUGAAAAAAGAAGGAGUGCUGAGUUAGGGGGAAGGAUUGGGGUGACAGCGAAGAGAGCAAAUCCGUCGGCCAGCUACCCACUUGCUGAUGAACACAUUUCUGAUCCUGCCUUCAUCUCUUAGAGCAUAAAGGACUGUUGCACUCGGCACAAAGGAGUUGUGGGAAAUGUGUCAGCUCUUGUCUGGGGUUCUUGUGUUCCACAUCCAGAGGGUGCCACAGUUUCACUUUCUCUUCUUGUAUAUAUACCAGCACUUAGACUUGUUUGGACUUCCUGUUGAUUUCCCUGUUGUGAUGUCAUCUUUUUUCCGCACUCUUCCUAAUAGACUAAGAUGGUGGCGUGGCUCUGUCUCUCUCGCCACGUCUGGUGAGACCACAGGCAGAUGAGCAAACACGCACACAGCUGGUACCAACUACAACCUUUAACCUGCAUACUUUCUCUUUGGUCUCUCCUCUCUCCUCUCUCACUGACUGUAACUAAACCUGUUGUAAACGUGUAAACAUGCACUUGAUUCCAGGCGAGUUUUUCUUUUUGAUAUCUGACUAUUACUAUUACUUUGCUAACAGGGUGACUAUGACCCAGCCAUGUACAGUAGAUUUACUUGUUUCAGGUGCAAUAUAUCACUCUUCUUAUUUUGUGUCAGACAGUGUGUUUGUAAUGAAGAUGGCACUUUAUUGUGAAAUGUGUAUUAUGUUUGCAUUACAAACAUGCAGUAGUUGACCACAUGCUUUUUUCAGUUUUAUUUGGUCACACUGCAGUCUGUACCACUGAAUCUUUUAGCAGAAUGGCAGCAUGGAAAUGUAACAUGUGUGUUUUGAGUUUGAGCGUAAAGGCCUGUGAGGACAGUUGAAACGGGUCAGUUCUGUCACUUAGAUUAGAUUUAAAUCAGAGCAACUAUAACAGCCAUUAUUUGCAAAUUAAACAAAAUCUUAUACAGCAUAUGUUUAUUCAAACACACAAUGAAUUGUGUAAGGUAUAUUAAGUGUAUGUAUCUAUAUGAGGAUAAAGAAGUGUAUCUACAGGUAUUUUUCUUUAAAUAACACAUUUUUGUUAUUUAAAGAUAUUCGUCAACUGACAGUUUUAGAUGAAACAUUAAAUGAAGCUUUUAGUUAUUUUUUAGUUAAUUGUUCAUUUGCAAAAUUACAAACCCCACUUUAUUAUGUGAAACAUUUUAUUUGCAUUUGAGAACACACACACACGCAAGGUAAGACUGACCUGUCAGCUGUUCAUGUGAAAUGUGCAAUGGUGGAGUCUUCACUGAUAGCAGAGGAGUAACAGGGCAAAUGGAGCUAUUGGUGUUUACUGUUUUCUUUAGGAUGCAGUGGCUUUUUCUUUUUGUAGGGUGUUUUGAAUCUGUCUGUCUGGAGACCAACACCAAACCUUGUGUAUGGAUAAUGACAUUAAAGACUGUUGUGCUCCAGUAGUGUUAUGAGAUAUGAUAGUCUCAAACUGUAGGCUAUUAAAAGCUUGUGCAUGUUUACGAGCUCACAUUUUGUUUCAUCACCACCAUAUGUUCUGUUGUCUGUUAAGGACUGUGUAGCUUGUUCCUCUUGUCAUCUUUCUGCAAAAAGGGAAACUUUGAGACAUUUUGUCUUCUCGGCACCUCAGACCAACAGGAUUCACAUUUCAACGCUCUUUGAACUUUGGAUAAACGGAUCUCUGGCAUUCUUGAAUCUUUCUGGGACAAACAUGACGGUCAUUUUUGGCCUGCCCAUCAUACACACAACCGUUUUAAGAAGAACCAUCAAGGGCCUGGUUCCAGUUUGUUUGUAUGUUUUGGAGCUAUUCCUUGCUGGAUCUGUAACUGUAAUGGUCAUGUAUAUGAAGUAAUUUUAUGUACCUUAUUAAUUUGUAUCUAUUUUUGUGAGCAGCUGGCAUGAUGUAAAAAAGCAAGGACUUAUAAUCUUGGUAUUUGCACACGUUCUCUUCAGUGCCCUCCUUUGUGAGGACAAAAAAAAGCUUGGUUGAUGAGAGAGAAAAUUAAUGGAAAGAACAUAAAACAAAAAAGAAAAAAUAUCUAGAAUCUGAGAAGAUAUUUCUAGACUUGUAUAAGAUCCCUGCUAAAUGUUUAUUCCUAAGUAAACUCUUUAAAAUUACUGUUAGUAUUUUUCCAUGUGAUUUCUGAUGUUUUGGAGCUUGUAUAAGACCGUAUAUGUCCCUUUGCUGUGCAUUGAGUAGCCCUAAACAUUAACAGUUCUGAUGCCUGAAAGUAGAGGAAGAGUCAGUGCAAACAGAUGUAUAAUUAUACUCUAAGUGUUUUUAUUGAGAGCAGAGGGCAUUUGCCAAAUUUUGAUUCCUGAAACCAAAAGGAAAGUUGUAAUAUUGCCUUUCUUCAAAGUGUAACGAGGGUGUAUGUCUUUUAAAGAGGUGCGUUUAUUGUACUGUGUGAUGCAUAAUAAUGAGUAGCAGGUCAGCAAGAUGCGAGUGAGAGAAAAAACCCCCACAGAUUUUAAGGAUCAGGGUUUUCAGAUAUGAACAUUAACACAUUUUUCCUCUGGUUUCGUGGCAUUUACUGCAGAUUAGAAAAGAAAGAUUGUAGUAUCACAUGAUGUAACGUGCAUUGUCUCAUCACAUGGUCAUUAUUUAUUUGGGCACAGACUUUACAGUCUACAGGUGAGUUGAAACAGGACUCCAGAAGGGAGUCUUGAGGGUUUUGUGAAGAGAAGCAAAGCUUGGACUUUCGUAAAUGUGAAACUAAACGCAUGUAGGCAGUUUAGUCAAAAUGUUGGAUUAAUCAUUGUGCAUUUGACCCUCAUGAGCAGUUUAUGGGUGAGAGCACAGGGCAUGUUGAUAAAAAGUAUUUCAGAUAGGUGGAAAUAGCAUUAGCUUGUAUUGGUGUCUCAACAUGGCUCAGCUGAGGUUUGAAUGUAAAGGCUGUGGAUGCUUAGAAUGUAAACCCAUAUGCUUGCUUGCUUAUCCUGUAAAAUCCACGUUGAGCAUUCCCCAACUCGUUUUAUCGCGUGCAAAACUUUUAUAAUGUAUCUUCAAUCAACCUGAGUCGUCUCUUGAGUGCUAUGAUGAAAAUGUAUUUUAUUUUUGUAAGGAGAGAGGUAUUAUUCUGAGAAGGAGGAGAAAGUCAGAGAGGCGGCGUGGGCAAAACCUGCCUUUAGAUUUUCACAAAAAUGAGGGCUUGUUCGGUUUACAAUGGCCUUAUUUUGUGUAGGAGACAUUGCUUCACUAUUGUAGCACACAAAUGAAAGUUUUGACAAAUGUAUUUUGCUUGAACUAUUGUACUGAAGUUAUAUAUGUGUAUAUGUAUAGUUUUAUGAAUGUAUUUCUUAUUCCUUACACCAGAACUGAGUGUAAUUUUUUUUGCCAUCUUGUUUGCUAUAUCGUCUAUUUGAAGACUUUCCAGGGACCUCACCUGUUUUGGUUCAGGUAUCCCCUACUUUUACUGUACUGUACUAUACUGUAUGUCUUAUUCUUUGUGUGUUCAUUUACAGCUCUGUGGUUGAAACAAGCAUGAACUCUCUCUGGCGAAAUGCAUUUUUAUUUAUUUAAAUCGCCAGGAUGUGAGUGAAACAGAAAGGAUUGCUAUUUCCCCCCUUGUACCAAUGAACUUAUUGAUUUAUAUAUCAAAGCUGAUGGAAUUGUUAUGAUUUUUGUACUUUGAACAUGAAAAUGUUUGCAGCAUGGUUAAUCUGAUUAUUUCUAAUAUUUAAUCUUUAUUAUGGUAUGAUUAUGAUUAAUGACAAGUGGUGAGGAAGUCAGUUAGACCCAGUAUAAUAUUAAACGCAAUUCAUUGCAAUGCAAACGAGUGGUCAAAAAUGCUGUAUCUUAAAGUAGCAUGGACUUAGCCUUCCAUUUUCUGAAACACCUCUCCUGGCAAUAACUAUUGGCUGUAGCCUCUACUGCUCUUCACUCCUGGCCUCGGCCUCUUUCUCACUCAUUAAAGUUGGGUCGUGGCAACCUCAGGCUGAAUCUGUAUCAGCUGACCGUGAUGAAAAAUAAGAUGAAAUCACGUUUUCGAGCAGUAGAAGCAAUUUAGACUCAACAGAGCAUGCAAUGCAUUGUGAAUAAAUGCUGUUUUAUGAUAGUCCCAUGAGCAACAAGUUUUUAUUUUACUACUUUCUACUGAGGCAUGCACUCCACAUGUAGCAGCUGUCAAUGAGAACAAAACAGACCUGGUUUCUGAGCUGAUGGGCAAAUUGGAGUUUUUGCUGCUGAAUACGUCUGUUUGUCUUCAUCCAUGUCUGUAAAUGUCUGUAAUCACAGCACAAGUUUCCUGAGUAGGCAUUUUGUCCUUUUAGCUGUCUGUCAGACUGUUAAGGCCACUGUAGCUCCCCUCCCCACUGUCAAGACAACCUUUAUUUUAUCAAGUCCAGCAAAGCACAAACCUCACAAAUACAAUCUGAACUAAGGCCUGAAUCAUAAUAAAGAAAAUCUUUUGAAGGUUUUGAUUAUAUUUAAUGGACCUCAAAGACAUUCAUAACAUGGAAUCAAAUGUAAUGAUUAAUGGGAACAUGAAAACAUUCAGUCAAGUUAAAUUGGAUUGCUGGUGUUGGUAGAUGAGUGGUUGUCUUUUCUUAACUGGCCUCAACCUUUCCACCAAGGAGUGUUAACAGAGUAUGUUUUGAAGGGAAAAGCAUAGCAGACCGUCUGAUGAAAGGAUGCAGUUUAUGGCAAAGAAGAAAAAGCGAGCUGUAAUUUUAUACCUGUGCUUUGUAAAUGUUUUGUAUGUGCAGUAUUUGAUAAUGUAAAACUGGUAUUUUUGUGGUUUGUACGCUGCAGAAUUGAUUACUUCAGGUGCACGUAGUUUUGUAAGAAAAUAGAACCAAAGGAAAAAAAGAACAAUUUCAGAUCAGAAGCCUGUAUUUGCAUGCCCUUUGACAUCUGAACGCAAAGUUAAUAAAGUUUAUUUGAAUCACAAACAUUUGUCCCAUGUGAAUUUUAAUGUUU